AUGUUGCCUCUCAUCCUUACCCUAUCCCCUCUCAUUCUUAUCGGCGGCGGAGAAAAGUGCGGCGCGGGCGCAGGCGAGCGGCCGUCCGUCCAGGCGCAGGCGAGCGGCCGUCCGUCCAAGCGUCCGUCCGUCCAGGCAUCCGUUCAAGAGAACUGGUCCAAUCGUCCAGGCGACCGGCCGUCCGUCCAGGCGUUGGAUUCCAAGAACUGGUACUUUUCUAUGCUCCUCUUCAUUGUGCUACUAGAUCAGGGGAACAAAUGCUUGAGACCCUUAAGUGCUGCUUCUUGGAACGAAGAUAACUACAUGAUCACUCUUGAUCAUGAACAUUAUGCAAACUAUGUGCAGGAUCACAAAUCUGAUGCUGAGUUUUUAAACAAGCCUUUGGAGAACUAUAAGGAAAUGUUCACUGUCUUUGGAAACAAUAUGGCUACAGGAAAGUAUGCAAAAGGAUCAAGUGAAGCUCUAGGUACUGAAGAUAGAAACAGUAUGGCUGAAACAGAGAUUGAUGAGGGAGAUGUUAAUGCUGUUCCUAGUCCUAUAGAUGAUAUUGGGGCUUCAUCCUCAGCUCCUAGACCUAGGAAGAAGGCAAAGGUUACUAUUAAUGAAGAGGCAGGGCUGAUUGGAGCAUUCAAAGAUGGUGCUGAAAGGCUUGCAAUGGCUAUUGAGAAGGCUGGUUCAGAUGACCUACCACCUGACUUGCUUCAAACAUUGCAAAGUAUUCCAGGUUUUGAUGACACACACAAGGCCUUUUACUUUGCAUAUCUAGUGAAAAAUCCUGGAUUAGCAAGGCAGUUCCCUACUCUCCCAUUGACAUAUCAGAUAAGUUUGCUUGCUCGGUUCGUUAGUGAGACCUUUCCUUAGAUUAUGAGGACCGGGAAUUAGGACUAUGCUGGAGGUUAAGUGGAAAUUAGAACUGUGUUGUUCUUUUGUUAUGUAAACCAUGACCAAUACUUUGUUUUCAAGUACUGGGAUUGAAAUAAUGGCUUUGCUAUGUCGAAAUACUCGGUUUGUUAUGAAAUACUGGGUUUGUUAUGACCAACAUGGAUGCUCGGUUUGUUUGUUUUGAAAUACUGGGUUUGAGAUUCAUUGUAAUGGUGUAUGCUCAGUUUGUUU